GACUUGGAUGUAAUAUCUAUUUUCUGAAGGGGUCCCCUUGCAUGGGCUGGAUGUAAUAAAGUCCGACCCGUUUUUUUUUCUAAAGAAAAAGAAGACACUCGUCGAGGCAGAUCGAUGGUGUGACCCCGACACAGUACCUAGAGCUAGAAGAAACAGAGGCCGAAUCGGAGAAGAGAAGGCGCGCGACGUGGAGCAACGGCCAACACACAUGCUUUCCAACCUCACCACACGCAUCGCACCCAUCCGAUCCGUCCGCUUUGUGAGUCCAACAACCCCGUCGCCCCACAACCAUGGCAACGUUAUCGAUGAGCCCCCGGCGGUGGUCCACAUGGGCCGGCGGCGUGGCGUCGUCGGCGCUCGCCGCCGCCGUCUUCGCGGUCCUGGACGUCGUCGACGUGGUCCUCUGCCUCGUGUACGCCGUCCUCGACGGCAUCCUGGAGGAGAGCCCCGUGCGCUGCUACUGCCACAGGAGGAGCCGCGGCGGCGGCGAGCAGGAGGAGGAGGUCUCCGAGACGCUGUACUCGCGGAGGAGCGCCAUCAGGGGCGCGCUGCUGGGGCUCCUGGGGCUCGUCGUCAGGAGAUCUAGAGACAAGGGGCGGGCGUGCAACAAGUGGCGCAGCCCCAGGUGGUCGGACUGCGGUUGCAAGUCUUGCGUCGCGUGGCGGGGCACGGGCAGCCAACCAGCAGGCGGCCGGCUGCACGUCGUCGGCAAGCAGCCAACAAGCAGCAGCAGAGACGAUGGCACCGACGAGACUGCCAUCUUCUUGCACGGCUUCGCGUCGUCGUCUUCCUUCUGGGCGGAGACGGUGUUCCGCGAAUCCUCCAUCCUCGGCAGCAGCGGGUUGUUGGCGGUGGAUCUCCUUGGCUUCGGGCAGAGCCCCAAGCCGGGCAACUGCAUGUACACACUGAAAGACCACGUGGAGGCCAUCCUGAAUAUUAUCGAUAUCGAAUCCUCCUUCCACCUGGUCGCCCACUCCAUGGGCUGCAUCAUCGCCCUCGCGCUGGCUGCCAAGCACCCAACCCGAGUCAAAUCCAUCACACUGCUCGCACCACCCUACUUCGUGGCGUGCGAUGAGCACACGGCGAGCCAGGUCGCGCUUCGCAGGCUGGCCCAGAAGAAGCUGUGGCCGCCGCUGCUCUUCGGCUCGGCGGUGAUGUCGUGGUACGAGCACGUCGGCAGGACGGUGUGCUUGCUCCUCUGCAGGAACCACCGGCUGUGGGAGUGGCUCAUCAGGCUCCUCACACGAAAGAGGGGUGUGGAUUUCCGGGUGAGGGAUCUGACGAGGCACACCCACCACUCGGCCUGGCACACCAUGCACAACGUCAUCUGCGGGGGGGCCGGCCUGCAGGACACCCACCUGGAGGCCGUCCAGGCGGCCGGCAUCCCGGUGAUGCUCAUCCACGGCGUCAGGGACCCGGUGGUUCCCGUCGACUGCAGCCGCCAUCUCAAAGCCAAGCUCCCUCAGGCGGAGCUCCGUCUCAUGCCCGGGUGUGACCACGCCACCGUGGUCUCGGGUAGGGAAAGGGGAUUCGCGGAGGAGCUCGCCGCGUUCUGGUCAGCAGCAGCAGGAUCAUAUUCAUAUCCACGAGGAUGAUGAUUUACUAACACUAAUCGAUCGAUGACUACUACUACUAAUAGUAGGUGCCAAGAAGGACUUGGUAUCUCAUCACGUCGUCUCAUUUUGAUAAUUCACCAGCUUAGCUGUAAAGAUACAUGGGCAUCAGUGAAAAUCAAUAAUGCUGGGAUGAUCUAGUUCAUUCAUCAUCUCCUGAUAUGCA